GCCGCGGCGGGUGCAGCCUGCGGAGAGCGGGGCGCGGGCCGCCGACCAGCAGCCGGGGAGGACGCGAGGGCGCGCGCCGCACUCACCCACCCUCAGCCCCCGCGGCAGCCGCUGACCCGCCACCAUGGCCCGCGGAAAAGCCAAGGAGGAGGGCAGCUGGAAGAAAUUCAUCUGGAACUCGGAGAAGAAGGAGUUUUUGGGCAGGACCGGUGGCAGUUGGUUUAAGAUCCUUCUGUUCUACGUGAUAUUUUACGGCUGCUUGGCUGGGAUCUUCAUUGGGACCAUUCAAGUGAUGCUGCUCACCAUCAGCGAAUUCAAGCCCACAUACCAGGACCGUGUGGCCCCACCAGGAUUAACACAGAUUCCUCAGAUCCAAAAGACUGAAAUUUCCUUUCGCCCUAACGAUCCCAAGAGCUAUGAGGAAUAUGUGCGCAACAUAGUCAGGUUCCUGGAGAAGUACAAAGAUUCAGCCCAGAAGGAUGAAAUGAUUUUUGAAGAUUGUGGCAAUAUGCCCAGCGAAAUCAAAGAACGAGGAGAAUUUAACAAUGAACGAGGAGAGCGGAAAGUCUGCAGGUUCAAGCUUGAGUGGUUGGGCAAUUGCUCCGGAAUCAACGAUGAGACUUAUGGCUACAGAGACGGCAAACCGUGUGUCCUAAUAAAGCUCAACCGAGUUCUGGGCUUCAAACCUAAGCCUCCCAAGAAUGAGUCCCUGGAGGCUUACCCAGUGAUGAAAUACAGUCCUUACGUCCUGCCGGUUCAGUGCACUGGCAAGCGAGACGAAGACAAGGAUAGAAUUGGGAACGUGGAGUAUUUUGGCCUGGGCGGCUACCCGGGCUUUCCUCUGCAAUAUUACCCCUACUACGGCAAGUUGCUCCAGCCCAAGUAUCUGCAGCCCCUGCUCGCCGUGCAGUUCACCAACCUCACCAUGGACACUGAAAUUCGCAUCGAGUGUAAGGCUUACGGGGAGAACAUUGGUUACAGUGAGAAAGACCGUUUUCAGGGACGCUUUGAUGUAAAAAUUGAAGUUAAGAGCUGAUCACAAGCACAAAUCUUUCCCACUAGCCAUUUAAAAAAAGUUAAAAAAAAGAUACAAAAAACAAAAACCUACUAGUCUUGAAUAAACUGUCAUACGUAUGGGACCUACACUUAAUCUAUAUGCUUUACACUAGCUUUCUGCAUUUAAUAGGUUAGAAUGUAAAUUUAAAGUGUAGCAAUAGCAACAAAAUAUUUAUUCUACUGUAAAUGACAAAAGAAAAUAAAAAUUGAGCCUUGGGACGUGCCCAUUUUUACUGUAAAUUAUGAUUCCAUAACUGACCCGUAGUAAGCAGUGUUUCUGGCCCCUAAGUAUUGCUGCCUUGUGUAUUUGAUUUA